AGGUGACGAAUGAUUCAGAUUUACAGCGCUACGUAUGUUGCUGUUCAGUGAUUUUUUAGAUGCGCAUGAUGACCGAGGAUCCUUACGCGACCGACGGUUUUGCUGGUCCUCACAGCAAAAGGCCAAAGUUAAUUAGUAACGAAUUCAACGACAAGUUUUCAGAAGGAAAGAAAAUCAAUCUAAAAGGUUCUUCAAAUGCAGCGACACCUACGGAUGAAUCUGACCCUCAUAAUCGACAACAAUUCUCAACCACCAUUUCGUUUAAUAUCAACUCGGUUGAUAGUGAAAAGUUAAGUUCUCCCAAUUCGAUGACUGCCCUUUCUACAUCCUCAACAGCUACGGAUGAAAGUGGAUAUCAAUCAGGAGGAAAUUCUUCGACGCCCCAACCUUCAGUGACUAGCAAUGUGUCUAUGAAUGGUGUAUUUUCUGGCAACACAAACUUGGGAUUUUCAUCUCAAGGAGGACAGGUCUCAGUGGUGAUGACUAACAUGCAAACAUCCGGGCUGCAAUCUCAAAUACCAGCUGCAAAUGUGAACUUCAACAUUAACAAGCAAUUUAUACCUAACCCAGCUACUGGAAACAUGUACCAAACAAAUGGUCCACAGAAUUCAAACCUAGCGUUUAAUAUUUCAUCUGCGAACACAUCAGCGUCGCAAUACAUGCCAAUGAAUCCAGGCACGGCAUCUUACCAUCAGAAUUCAGUGGGCGCUAACAGGACUUUUACUCCUCCCGUGGAACCGAGCAGCUCUCAGAAAGACAUUUUGACCCGCCAACAGCUCAUAUUCUUUUUCUGCCACUCGAACGUCUGCAUAAUGAAAAAUGCUAAUAAUUCCAGACCAGCGUGCAAAGUUCCGCACUGCGCACAGAGCCGAAUGAUUCUGCAGCACUUGCAGAUGUGCGCUAAUAGUAGGUUCUGCAAUGUGCCAUCUUGUCAAGGACUGAGAUGGGCGAAGGAGCAUUACUCUAAUUGCAAAAACAUGUCUUGUAUUUACUGUGAGCCAGUCAGGAGAAACAGACCGGCUUUUGCUGCUGCUUCCACGCAGAAUAAUAUUAGUACCUCCAGUGACCUAAAGAAGAAAUUAAGAGACUGGAUCAUGUCUGAUGAGCCUUUGAAGAGGAGUGACAAUGGAGCAGGUAGAAAGAAUCCUCGCUUUGAGCUAAACAACAAGACUCGUCUCUCGUGCAUCGCCAACAUGGUCAGCGCCAUCAUUCCAUCAAACGACUCUUCUGCAAACCCACAGGGCUGCCUAUUGGCCAACGACGAUCAAGCACGUCAGGUGAUUGAUCUGACGAGACAAGUAGAAGUGGAAGUGUACUAUGAGGCCACCGACAAGGACCAGUACUUCGAGAUGAUGGCCAGGAAGAGCUACGAGUUCCAGAAGCGGAUGGAAGAGUUGCAGAACAAACAACAGACGACCCAGUUCCCCCCAGCCAACCACAGUCUGGGAAACUCACUAUCUUCUACGGGAGGCAGUAAUUGCACCUCUAGUGCUCCAGCAAAUGCAUUGAUGACAAAUGAUUCAAACUGCAGUUUACCCUCGAAUCACAUGGGCAACAAAGAUGUGGGCGUGAGCUCGAAUGGUUCCAUUCUGUCUUCGCUGUUGAACAACAGUCGAGACUCCUCGUCUCGGGGACCUCUGGUGUCCACAACUUCGGCAACCUUGUGCUCCACCUCCUUCACUGCGACAACUAACUCCUCUCAUGUCCCGUCGGCGGACUCAUCUAGUGCCUCUCAUUCACUCGACCAACCAAUCACAGCCUCUUCCUCCUCCUCCUCUUCUUCGUCACUAGUUAUAAAUAAUAACACACAAGUGACUAGUAGCUCCAACUCAUCUCUCUCUUCAUCCGUAAGCAAUUCCUUCGCUCAUGAUGCGAGUACAAAUAGCAGUUUAAACAGUGUCCAGGAGUCGCAUGGCGGCGAAGAUUCAAAUGAAAACGCAGCUGUAAAGAACGAACCCAUUAAGGACGAGCCUAUGGACACAACCCAGGCAAAAGAAUCUGCCCCUAGAAUCAAAGAGGAGCCUAUGGAUUCUAACGUGAAAACAGAAUCUUCGAGCGAAUCUAAGGACGCUUGUGAAAAGAAAUCGCCGGCUCAAACGACAACUUCAGACUCUCCUUCAAAUGACAUUAAAAAGGAGCCCGACGGGUCUUCCGAAUUGAAAUCCGAAUGCAAGCAGUCUUUACCCGGAGUUAUAAAACGAUUCACUAUUGACGAAAUACGACAAUCAUUGUGGCCGGUUCUGCAGCAUAUAAUUGGGGUUCCGGAAAGCGAACCAUUUCGAGUUCCUGUGGAUUACAAGAGUCUGGGUCUGACAGACUACCCGGAGGUGGUGAAGGAACCGAUGGACAUCUCGACCAUCAGGAAGAACAUGUUUGAUGAAGAGAAGUACUGCGAGGAUCCUUGGGGAUUCAUAUCGCACAUGCAGCUCAUGUUUGCAAAUGCAUGGCUGUACAACAGGAAGGCAACCAAGAUCUACAAAAGCACGACAAGGCUCAGUGAAAUUUUUUACGAGAAGAUUGACGAAGCAAUGCGUAGUCUGGGCUUCUGCUGCGGACAACAUCUCACCUUCAGCCCCAUCCCAAUCUACUGUUACCAGAAGCUGUGCCAUAUUCCUAGGGACGCCAAGUACUAUGUCUGGACGAACACGUCGCCUAAGACCGGUAUCCUCAGUGAGAAGUACAUCUAUUGUAACAAGUGUUUCAAUGAAACCUCCACUGGAAUUGACUGCGAUGAGUUCCCAGUUUCUGACGAACCAGGAGUGCCUGGCGCGCAAGUCCUCAACGUGCACAAAACUGCUUUCGAGCAAGUUACGAAUAACAGCGUCGAGUCGGAGAAGUUCGUGAAAUGCACAGGCUGCGGCCGGCAUUGGCAUGUGAUCUGCGCUAUGUAUCAGCCGGCUAUGGCGCCAGAUUUCCACUGCCCUACGUGUCUUAGAGUGCAAGGCGUUGGCUCUGGAUUUACCCUAAAUCAGACACAAGAGUUGUCCAAGUAUGCUGCUAGUCGUCUACCUACGAACAAGAUGGCAUCGUUUAUUGAGCGAAGUGUAAAUAAAUUCCUUAAACCGAAUGACUGCCCGCACGUCUCAAUUCGGGUACUGAGUUGUUCAACUAAAAUGGCGGAGGUGCAGCCAAAAAUGCAGUCCCGUUUUCCCGACUACCCCAAGCAGUUUCCCUACAGAAACAAAGCCUUGUUUGCCUUCACCCAAGUAGAUAACAGAGAUGUAUGUAUCUUCGGAAUGACCGUACAAGAGUAUGGCUCUGAUUGUCCACAGCCCAACACAAGACGGGUGUAUCUAUCCUACUUGGACAGUGUCUUUUUCUUCGAGCCGCGCAGGCUGAGGACAGCUUUAUACCACCGCAUCCUCAUCGCUUACUUCGACUACUGCAAGCAACUCGGAUACGACUACGCCCAUAUAUGGGCAUGUCCUCCGGGCGAGGGAGACGACUACAUAUUCCACUGUCACCCGAUUGAACAGAAAACACCGAAGCCUAAAAGACUGCAGGACUGGUACAAGCAAAUGUUGGAUCUAGCACAGGACGAGGGCAGCAUUGAGAACUACAGAGAUGUGCAAAGGGCAUGUGAAGACGCAAACCCAAACGGGUUCACGUCGGCAACACAGCUGCCCUACUUUGAGGGUGACUACUGGCCGAAGGUUCUGGAGGACCUGAUCACGCAAGUGGGCGACAAGGCCACAGCCAACAAUAGCAACUGUUCCACUUCUUCGGCUAAUAGCAUAGGUGGUACGAAUGGGGUGGGCACGAUCGAAGAAGAGAUCCAUAGUGUGGAGAGUGACCCCGCCAUGACCCCUGGAGCCCAGGAAGGAGACGUCGGCGCCAAUCCUCCCUCAGCUGAUCACAUGCAACAAUCGUGUGGAACCCCAAAUCCCCAAAACGUAGAUGAAGUUGCUUCCACGCCCCCUUCAAAUAUGACUGCAGACAAUGUCUCCAGUACAAAUAACAAUUCGACCGACAAAUCGCAGAAGCAGCCGCAGAGAAAGAAAAGCAAAAAAUGGAGUGGAAACUCAAGUAGUCGACACAAACAACGAAAGCAAGCUACUCUAGACUUAACAGAAAAGGUCAUACAAAACAUGAACUCGUGUCGUGAUAGUUUCUUCACAAUAAAGCUGCAGACAUUCAAGCAAGAUCCCGAAAAUGGUUCAGACUGCGAAAGGUCACCGACAGUAGCCUCGAAGUCGGAAAACCAAACCAGGAAAGGAAUCCAGGACCCGGAUCCUGAUGUACACUAUGAAAUGAUGGAAGGGCGCGACUCUUUUCUCCACAUGUCACGCGAGAAAUACUGGGAGUUCUCGUCUCUACGACGAGCCAGAUACUCAACUAUGUGCAUGUUGCACGAACUACACACUGCCGGAAACUCACUGUGCCCAGAUUCGAAGAAAGAUGGCCAAAAUGCAAAGGCAGAUGGUUCCCAGGGAUCUGCGACCGGAAAGUCUGCCGGGACAUCAAAGGCGGAGAUGAUGAACCAGUACAUCAAAGUAAUGGUGCACGCUACUACAUGCAGGAAUGCGAACUGUAUGAACCCUCCGCAAUGUGGACAGUUCAAGAAGCUUUUGUCUCACAUGAAGACCUGUUCACAGAGGAACAGUCAGCAGAAAACAAGUGGGGGUACAAGUAAAACAAACCAUAGCUGUCCCCAGUGCACUAACCUGUUCAAGAUGUUCAUCAAGCACGCAGAGACGUGCAACAAAGGAACGCAGCCUUGCUCAGUGCCAUAUUGUCAAGACAUAAGGCGCAGAAACAGUAGGCAAGACUUAAUGCUGCGACGACGAAUGGCAAUGAUGAUGCAAAGAACGAAUAGCAGUACCAGCAACAACGCGCCAUCUACUCCAACUGGACCGAGCGGCGCUAAUUCACCAGUGAGCAAUAACAACGGCUAUCUGAAUUCCCAGCCCCGCACACCCUAUGCUCCCAGUCCUAUUUCUGUGAAAGAUCAAUCGCUGCAACAAAACUCCGCGCAAAACGGGCCAGCAAACUGUCAACAGCCAACGGCGUCUUCAGACGCUUCUAUAGCGUCUUCCGCAUCUAUAGGUCUAUCGAGACCGAGUCAACCUCUUCAAACCGGCAACAGCAACCCUCCGCCAGGGGCUCUAGAAGCUGCCCAGAGAGCAAAAACGAUGGCUGCCAUGCAAUCUUCCACGCAGAUGAGUGUCUAUGGACCAAUGGCAGGAGGAGGCGGCGCCAGUUCUGUCACAGGUCCCACAUCUGGUAUGCCCUACAAUCCUAUUCCCAUCUCCUCCAUUGGUUCUCUUCCGUCAUAUCAGCACCAGCAGCAAACCAACUCCCCUUCAAUGGCUCCCCCUCUUCAGUCCAUGGCCGCAGCUGCCGGCGCCAUACAGGACCACUCCAUGAUGUACCACCACUCUAACCAUCCCGGGGCGAUGGACACAUCAGGACCCAAUGGGGGCGCAAUGUACAUGAAUGGCCCUGUAGUGUCCUCUUAUGGACCCCAUGGACAACAAAUGAUGAUGAUGUCACCACAUCAGGGAAUGAUGAGGGCAACGAGCAGCGGAGCUAUGUAUUACCAGACACCCAAUGGCCAAAUGCAGAUGGCCCAAAUGCAAAUGGGUCAUCCUAUGCGAGGCACCAUGAUGCGUGGCCCCAUGCCAGGGAUGAAUAUUGUAGGAGGACACCCUGUCCAUGCUUCCCAGAUGAUAAUGAGCAAUGCCUACGGGGGUCCACAAUUUGCUGGUGGACAUCCUCAGGCCUGGAGACCGGGAAUGGCAGGCGGAACUGGCCAACACCCCUCCCGAAUGCAGAUGCACCCCUCAAUGGUAGGAAUGCGCGCCCAAGUUCCAGCUAGUAUGAUGAUGAUGCAGCAAACCGGUGCUUCUCAUGGACCUUCGGGACAACCAAUGGGACCUGGAGGCGAUGCCUCCCAACACCAGCAGAAAUAUCUGGGAAGUGCACCUCAGUCCAUGAACCAAAACCCCCAAGUUUCGGGGAACUCUUUUGUAAAUGGGACAUCAGUUGGUCCCAAUCCUAACUCGUCUGGCAACGCGGCGCCAAAUAACUUACACCAAGCGGGCUCUUUGAAUUCAGGCGAGACUUUGCAGAAGUUUGCUGACUCCCUGUAAAACUGUAGGCUUGUUAUGACAUCGAAUAUCAAGAUUAUUUGAGUUAAAAUGCAUCUUGAAAGCGGAUUUGAUUUGAUCAAGAGAAGCUUUAUGGGUUGUAUUGUCCCUUUUUGUUGUAACUUAGCGAUACUUUAAUUUGAAUUUGCCAGAUUUAGAGAAAAGUUUAUCAAAUUUAUUGAAAUUUAUAGAAAAUUCCCUUGAUUUGACUAAUGAAGUCAAAUUCGAGGAUAAAUUUAUUGUACAAAUUUGAAAUACUCAAUUCUUCUUAACUACGUGUUUAUUUUCUUCUAGCACCAAAAGUUGCGACUGAUAAGUGCAAGACUUUUAGUUCGUUAUGAUGAUAUGCGUCUCAAUUUUGUUUAUAUUUCAAACUAUUGUGAUAACAACUGUGAUCUUACUAUUCUAGUUUUCGUUCCGAUAAAAUUUAUUCAUAUUUAUUUAAUCAUAGAUAUUCCUGAAAUGUUGCUCUCCUUUGAGUUAUUGUUGUAUUUCAAGUGUUGGUAAUGAACUAUUUUCUCAUUUACGGGUAAACUUAUUGAUUAGAAUUACGCCAAUGUAUUGUGGAGUUUCUUUUCAAUCAUAAUCGUCUCAGUCUGAAGCUGUUCCCAUUGAAAAAAUUGAAAACAGGUCGUAGCAAAAGUCAGAAAGCUUGAGGUUGAUGUACUAUUUUCUUGUGCUGUGUUACGAAUACGAAGUUUGGCUUUUGAGAAGGAAUUGUUGCUACCAGAACGUGUUAUGUAUAUAGCAACGUUACACCUUCAUUGUCAGUUAUUCGGCGCAAAUCAUUCGUUUCAGGGACUCUUAUUCAAACAAAAGUUACAGAAUUUUGUUUUUCAUCAGUUGAAAUUUUGCUCUUGAAUUUUUGGACAGUGACUGAAAUUACUGUGACUACAUCAGAAUGAAUAGUCUUUGAAGCUU